CUCUUUCUCCCUUAUUCUCAAGCUCCGUGCCACGUGGUUGCCACGCAGGCGAAUGCAUCAAAGGAAUCAAAAGUACAAAAACCUUCCACACUACUUUUCGCCGCCAACGACGACGAAGAAGAAGUCUCAGUAAACUCCUAGAUUAUAAUAAAUAUGAGAAUUCGAAUCAGAUCCCAACAUGUUGAGCAGCUCAAUCAACACGUCCGCAACGCGUAUCUCUGCAGCAGUCAACCGUCGGUUGCUCCGAGAAUCGCUACAGCAGCAGCAGGAGCAGUAGUUGCACCAUUGCCUGUGAAAGACGAGUCGAGCAGAUAUUGGGUCGAUCCGACGAACCACAUGAGAUUACCCCGCUCGCUGGCCGCCGCGCUCUACCAAACGCAAAACACGCAAUCGAAACGAUCGAUUGGCAAUAUGGAGAAGCCGAGCUUCACGCCGAAAAAAGUGCUCAUUCUGAGCAAACUAACGCGUUACGAGUUCGAGAAGCGUGUUAAUAAGGGAUGCAGCGAUGAGCAGUUGGCGACAUUGCUCAAAAAACGUGGAUCAGACUAUGGAAGAUUGCUGUCGAAGCAUAAGAUUCAUCAUUCCUAUCUCAAUACUCUUCAACGGGAAUUAGAAAACGCCGGAAUCGAAUCCCGUCUGGUCCGUCGCUUCGGGUACACCCAGGAAGCCGUCGAUUGGGCAGAUGCCGUGUUCUCAGCUGGCGGAGACGGAACCUUCCUGAUGGCUUCCAGCAGAGUCCGCACAAAGCACAAGCCAGUCAUCGGAAUUAACACUGAUCCGCAGGGAUCCGAAGGAUAUAUGUGUUUGAUGCGGAAGCUUCCCGAGGAGAAUCUUGCCGGGGCGUUGAAGAAGCUUUUUAGCGGGAAUUUUGAAUGGCUCAAUCGUCAACGCAUCCGUAUCACAGUUACCGGAGACGACGGAAUCAGUGAUGCUAUCGAAUUGCACGAUCAGCAACUGAACAGAGAUCCGGCAACGACCCGCUGGACAGACAAUCCACGUAGUCCUGCACGUGAAAUUGAGGAAUGCAUGUCACUAUCGCCACCUGUCAAAAAACGAAUGAUCUCAGAAGCCGUCGAAAUUCCAGAAGUGGAAAAAGAGACAGUAGAACUACCGGUUCUUGCACUCAACGAAGUAUUCAUUGGUGAAAGUCUAUCAUCACGUGUGUCAUAUUAUGAAAUUGGAAUUAACGAUGCUCAAAUGCUCAAACAAAAGAGUUCGGGAAUCACGAUUUGUACAGGAACGGGCUCCACGUCGUGGAAUUUCAAUAUCAAUAAGCUCACCGAGCAAUGCGUUCAGGAUUUGAUGAAAAUUGUUGCGGAGCACUGUAAUCUGCCACAGAUCCCGCAUGGGGAUAAGAAUGCUGUUAGCGAGAUUUGCACGAAAUUUAAUCAACAAUUGAUUUUUGAUCCUGAUCGCAAACAACUCGCAUUCUCAGUCCGUGAUCCGAUCUUCAACGCGACGUUCCCACCAACCGAUCCACGGGGAUUCGCCGAUAAAAUUUGCAUCAAGAGCCGCGGUUACGAUGCUCAUUUGGUCAUUGACGGAGGCAUCUCGUAUCGAUUUAACGAUGGAUCCGAGGCGGUGAUGGAGGUUCGGGAUGAGGAUACGUUGCGUACGGUUGUAUUCCGAUAA